AUUAGUGUUCUGUGAUCAUGUUCAGCACAAGAACUUUUGAUAGUUUUGAUUGAUUGAAUCUCAACAAAAAUUAAAUUGAUAUGAUGUUUAAUAAAAAAGAAAAAAACAUUUUUUCCUGCCACACCAAAAAUUCAAACUACCAUGUGAAGCUGUUGUCUGGAAAUUUCGAAAAAAAUGGUGAGGACUUUCCUUUGGGUAGCAGAAUAUUUUUGAGAAGUGUCCUCAUUGAAGAAAUAGGAGUUGUUUCAACGUAUAUAAGAAAACAGUGGAUUUUUAUGCAGAAUUUGGUAUUGCUAGACAGUAAUCCAUCAUUCAAAGAAGUAGUUCAAGCUAGGUUGGAUGUGAAUGAGGGAUUAAUGGCCAUAUAUCAAUAUGUACACAACUUGUCUGAACCGGCAAAACAAAGAGAUAUUUUGAAUGCUGUUAACUCAAUAUCCGCUUCAGUACUUCCUCUUGAAACUUUUGAGGAAAAAAUUUUGAUCAAAUUAUGUUAUUCAACUAAACAAGGCACAAACUGUCCUAUAUAUGAAUAUUUCCAUAGUUAUUUGGAAAUACAGUUUUACAUAUUAUUGAUAAGAUUAAAAUGUGAUAGUAGGAGAAAUACUAUUGAAGAAAACAUAUCACAAAUUAUGAGCAACCUAGUUGUUUUGGCUAGGAAGUACUUUGUUAAAGAAUUUGAAGUAGCUAACACUUCUUUUAUAUGUCCCUGUGUUGGAAAUUUUUGGAAAAUUAUUUACCUCGUUUUGGUGAAGAAAUUUAACUGUGAUAUAUUCUGGGAAAAUAUUAAAAUAAUCUUGAAAGAUGAUGAUGCUCUGUUCAGUUUCUGGCUAUUGAAAGAUAUUGCCAGCAUGGAUUAUCCAGAGAUGGAAGGAAAGGUUAUAUCGGAUGUUUCACCCAGUUUCGAAUUUGUGAGAGAAAAAUUCACGAAUUCUUUAAACACAUCAUCUGAUAUUUCAAAACAUUUGAAAAUGCUUUAUCCAAUAAUCAGUGAAGAAUGGUCAAAUGAUAAAAAACUUGAAUUUUUAUUAGUACUCUGGGAUCAUUUCAGUAAACGAUUGAAUAUUUCAUCGAAAUAUAAACCUGGUAUGUACAUUAGUUGUAUCGAGUUCACAGAAGUUUUAGAUAUCAUUAUAUUCAGCCCCAGAGAUUGUGAAGAUGAUUUUGAAAUAUUCAUCGGUUUGCUCAAUUAUUAUUUAUCUCAGCAGCCAAAGAACUGGGGAAAAGUGAAGUGUAGGAUAUUUUCUCAAUUGAGUCCUUUCAAAAUAGGGAAUUUGGAUGAAGUUGGAAUAUAUAGGGUAUUUCAAUUACUUAUUGGUUUAAUUCGAGUGAACCAUGAAGAAUUGAGCAAAAAAAUAGCAUCUGUGUUUGGAGGUUUAAAAGAGACUAUGAUAAAUUCUACAAAUGUCAACAUUUAUGUUUCUUUUAUCAUCAGGAUGGUAAGAGAAAACAGAGUGAUAGACAAAAUAUCACCACCAUUGGUGAAAACACUGCAGGAUGCUUCAGAAAAUCAGAACAACUUUCACAUCAUCAAAGAAUUUUUUAAUGGUUUCUAUCAGAUUGUGAAAUUCAGUAAAAGUUUGCAACUGCACCAAUGGACACUCAUCGAUCAAUGGAUAAUAAAAUAUUUAGCUACAUGCUAUCUCCCUGACCUAGAAGCUGCAUUGAAAACCUUGCUUUACUUGAUGAGAAAAAUAAAUUCUGAAGAAUCAUGGUCACACUGGCAAGAUACCUUCAAAAAGAACAUUUAUCCUGUUUUGAAACAAAUUGGAAACAAUUCAUCGUGUCCUUGUUGCGUUGGAGAGAUGGCUGCAGAAAUGAGCAAAUCAUCGCCAGAUAUAAUGAAUGAUGCGUUUAGUUUUUUCACAGCAGAAGCUAUACACUACAAAGUGACCAAAACGUAUCUUUGUAAUAUUUUAAAGGAUUACCCAACAGAUGUUUCUCUAACCCAACCUCAAGAAAAGAGUGCCAUUCAGUGUUGGAUUAGAAUAUGCUUAUUCUCUACUCAAAACUUUGAAGAGAUAACAACUAAUAUAAUGAAACUAGAAAGCAUGCCUUCAUGUAUAAAAAAAGAAGUUUUGGAUCUUUCGGAUCCCCUUAUACAUUUCAUAGAAAUCUUGGGUUUGAACAAAAGUUUAUUUUUGAGUUCUCCAGUUUUGAGCCGAUUUUGUGGCAUGUGUUUUGAGAGUCUGGAUCAAAGCUUAUCCAUACAUCUACCGCAGAUAAAAGACGAGGCAGUUAUUAUUAGAAUUUACACUUAUCUAGCGAUAGCUCUGUUGAAAUGUAAUACUUUGCUGUAUGACAGGCACAAAAUGUCUACUCCGGCAACCAAACUGAUAUCCUGUUUGCUAUUUCCAACAGAAUUCGUUAUGGGAAAAAUAUCUCAUCCCUUUCUGGGAGCAAUAAGAAAAACUUGGCAUUUAUAUUUCCAAGCAAUGCUCAAAUUAGGUCAAGAUAAUGAUGCUUAUGUACAAAGAACAUUAAGAGACUUGAUUUCAAAGUAUAUUCCGUAUUACUCAGUGGCAGAAUCUCCAAUAUAUUUAUGUUUGACACGAGAGAGCAGUGCCAAGGUAAUUUUUGAAAAGGUCAGUACAAUAUAUUUUAAGCAUCCCACCAAAGAAAAUGAACAGAAUGUCCUCAAAGCCCUGAAAAUCUUGAACGAAUUUGUCAAAUCCAGUACGUCAGUCAGUUUACUUAACAUUGUUGUACAAGAAACUCUGUUUGGAUUGUGUGAAGUCUAUAUAUUUCACAGUCAAAGAAACUUUGCUUUGAAUAUCAUCAUGUAUAUUGUAACUUGUCAGUUUUAUGACCAAUUGAAGGAAGAAGUUCUGAAGAGUCUUCUACUUCUAACUGAGAAGCAUUUAGCAUUCAAUUCGAAGACUUAUUUUAAUUUAGUAACAAUUCUGGCAAAAACGAUUCCCAGUGAAAUUUUAAUUCUGAAGGAGAGCAUUGUGGAAAAGAUUAAGAAUAUCGAAAGGAUAAGAGGAAUCGGUUAUGAUGAAAAUUUGAGAAGUUAUCUGAGUACUUUGAAGGCUAAUUUGAACUGUUGAUUUGAUAUUUAUUAAAAAUGUUAUAAUUU